AUGGCACACUCAGCUUAUUUUGAUGGACAGUUUAGUUCUGAUGAAAUUCGAGAAAUGUUUUGUGAGCGUUGUGAUUCGGAGGGGAAAUAUGCUCCAGCGGAAGGAUUGUGUGUUACCUGCGCGGAUUACAUGUGUAAAGUGUGUAUAAAAUAUCACUGUCAGUACAAACCGGAUCAUGAAAUUCUUACUAAAAAUGAGAUGCCGACCGACGUAUGCUUUGAUAAAUGUGCAGAUCACACCAGUAAAUUUAUCAAGUUCUACUGUGAAUGCUGCAGUAGUUUUGCCUGCUCGGACUGUACAAAAGCUGCGCUCGAGUCUGAUAAAAAUGAAGAUCAUCGCUGGAAACAUCUGCCAAUUCUGCUCGUGGAUUUUGACAACAGUAAAGUACAUAAAGAUUUUGAACAAAGUUUGUGCGAAGUUAAACAAAAGCUGGAUAUAAUGCAUAAAAAUGCCGAUCGACUGAAAACCUUAAAUGAUAGUUGUAAUGAAACGGCAACACAGAAUUUGAAACAGAAAAUUCUGAAAUAUAGCAAAAGUCUUUCAACCAUUGAACAAGACUUUCGGUCCAGAAUUGGGAGAGAAAAAUCACUGAAUGAUGGAAUUAUUCAGACUGUUACCAAUGUUGGUGAAACCUAUAAAUCAGAAAUCAAUGCAAUCGAAAACGACCUGAAGAAAAUGAGAGAUCUAGGUCAAAGAUCAAAGUUGUUUAUGUCAGAAGUGCAUCAUCAACAAAGCUUAAAGAGAAUUAACUGCAAACUUGACAAAAUGAAGAAUAAAAGUGAAAUUGAUACCUAUGAAUUUGAGCCAAAGAACGUAGAACUAGUUUCAGAAAAUAUUGGGACAUUUACAGUCACACCAAACGUGAAAAAUGUAUAUGUUAAUACAGAAGUAGUUAGUAGCAUAAAUACAGGUCUUAAGCGACUUUUACUUCUUGGCGAUGUAGACGGCAUGUGUCUGGUAAAAGGUAUAUUUUUAGUUAUUGUAAGUUACUUCUGUAAGAUUAUAAAAGUUUUCAAAGAAGAAAAACAUGAACAUAAAGAAUUGUUUUCCUAUCCGCAAUCGGAAGAACCGCAUGGAUUGACAACUCUAAAUGACAAUCAGGUAGCUGUCAGUUUAUAUAAUAAAAAGAAAGGAUGGAUUUACAUAUUCUCUGUCUCAGAUGAAGGAAGUCUUUUAAAAACGUCAGAAAUAUACACACAUACCGCUUCCUGCGGUUUAGCAGAGUACGAAAACACUCUUGUGGUAGCAUAUACACAUCCAUUAAGUUCAGUCAAUAUAAUGCUUCCAACGGGAAAGGUCAUAAAUACAAUCGAAAACGAUAGGGACGGCAAAGCAUUAUUCCGAUCCCCUAUUGAUGUCGUGUUAAGCCUUGACAAGACAAAAAUGUAUGUGUCUGAUUUUUGGAAACACGCCGUUAUCAUGCUGAGUAUGAAUGGCAAUCAUUUGAAAACAUAUAAAGACGUUGAAUUAAAAAGUCCUAGCUGUUUAACUGUGGAUGACGAUGGAUUGAUAUACGUAUGUGCAGAAACGUCAAAAAACAUUCAUAUACUGACUCCAGAUCUUCAUAAGACGGGUGUUAUACAAAAUAUCCAAGCACCAAGAAGCAUUCUAUAUGACAGUAAAGGAAAACAUUUGUAUAUUGGGUUUAAAUAUUCCAGCAAAAUAAAGGUGUUACAAGUAAAAAAAAAAGCUUCUUAA